CCGAUCUCAAAAUAUGAGCGAAGAACUCCUUCAAAACGAAUCUCAUUCUCAGUCAUCGAAAUUUAAAUUUUUUCUCAAAAUGUUCUCUUUUUUCUUUCCAUUGUUGGACAUUAUUAAGCUUGUUAUUGCUUCCGUGACCUCCGUAGUCUUCUUAGCCUUUGCCGGUCUAACACUCACCGGUUCAGCCGUGGCUUUAGUUGUAUCCACACCGAUUUUCAUCAUAUUUAGUCCGAUUCUCGUACCCGCCACUAUAGCCACUACUCUCUUAGCUACGGGGCUCACGGCCGGUGCCACCCUUGGUAUGACCGCCAUUGGUCUCUUAAUGGGGCUCAUUAGGACUCCGGUGAGACGAAUGCUACAGUUUUCAGGUGGAUUUGGAGGAUCUUUUGGAGGAAAAAAGUUUUCUGGAACAUUCGGAAAUAAAUCGGGGGCUGGAGCUGGUAAACCUGGUGGAUUUACAUGGUCUUGGAAUGGAAAAAACUUUUCUGGAAAUAUUCCAGAAUGGUUAAAAAAUCAACCAUGGUUCAAAAAUAUACCCAUAGGUGGAGGUACACCUGCAAGUGGAACUACACCACCACCCAGUGGAGGCCCGCCACCGAGUGGAAGUACGCCACCGAGUGGCGGUACACCACCACCGGAUGGAGCUGCACCUGCUACCGGAGCUGAACCGGCGGGUGGAAGUGCACCACCAUAG